AUGUUCCUGUUAUUACAAAAAGUGUCUAUAAUGAUUACUUUUAAAAGUAUUACAUUUACAAUUUGGAAGACUAUACUGCAAGAUCUCUUGUUGAGAAAAUUGAAAUUGAGAAGAGGAAGAAUGAAUAAAUUGUAAAUAAUAUAUAACAUUUAUCGUAGAUAACAUAUCCUAUAAGCAACUUAAUGA